GCCUGCCAAUGUCGAAGGCCGGAGGCGGGAUAAAAAAGCGAGGCCGGAGGUAGGCAGGCGGAUCCGUUGCCUGGCUUGCUCCUUUCCGCUCGUGGACGCCGCCGAGGCAGCAUCGCGCCCGCUCGUCUGCUCGCACCGCCGUCAUGUCCAAGUCGGAGUCUCCCAAGGAACCCGAACAGCUGCGGAAGCUCUUCAUCGGAGGCCUGAGCUUCGAAACGACCGACGAGAGCCUGCGGAGCCAUUUUGAGCAAUGGGGAACGCUCACGGAUUGUGUGGUGAUGAGAGACCCGAACACCAAGCGCUCCAGGGGCUUUGGGUUUGUCACCUACGCCACCGUGGAGGAGGUGGAUGCGGCCAUGAACGCAAGGCCACACAAGGUGGAUGGCAGAGUGGUGGAACCAAAGAGGGCUGUCUCCAGAGAAGAUUCUCAAAGACCCGGUGCCCAUCUCACUGUGAAGAAAAUCUUUGUGGGGGGAAUUAAAGAAGACACUGAAGAGCACCACCUCCGAGAUUACUUUGAGCAGUAUGGGAAAAUCGAAGUGAUUGAGAUCAUGACUGAUCGAGGAAGUGGCAAGAAGAGGGGCUUCGCUUUUGUGACCUUUGAUGACCAUGAUUCUGUGGACAAGAUUGUCAUUCAGAAAUACCAUACUGUGAAUGGUCACAAUUGUGAAGUCAGGAAGGCCUUGUCCAAGCAGGAGAUGGCCAGCGCUUCUUCUACCCCAAGAGGUCGGAGCGGUUCUGGAAACUUUGGUGGUGGCCGCGGAGGUGGCUUUGGUGGCAAUGACAACUUUGGCCGAGGAGGAAACUUCAGUGGUCGUGGUGGCUUUGGUGGCAGCCGAGGUGGUGGUGGUUAUGGUGGCAGUGGGGAUGGUUACAAUGGAUUUGGUAACGAUGGUGGUUAUGGAGGAGGCGGCCCUGGUUACUCUGGAGGAAGCAGAGGCUAUGGAAGUGGUGGACAGGGUUAUGGAAACCAGGGCAGUGGCUAUGGCGGGAGUGGCAGCUAUGACAGCUAUAACAACGGCGGAGGCGGCUUUGGCGGUGGUAGUGGAAGCAACUUUGGAGGCGGUGGAAGCUACAAUGACUUUGGCAAUUACAACAAUCAGUCUUCAAAUUUUGGACCCAUGAAGGGAGGAAACUUUGGGGGCAGAAGCUCUGGCCCCUAUGGUGGUGGUGGCCAAUAUUUUGCCAAACCACGAAACCAAGGUGGCUAUGGCGGUUCCAGCAGCAGCAGUAGCUAUGGCAGUGGCAGAAGAUUUUAAUUGACUGCCAGGUAAGUACACACCUUUUUUUUUGUAAUUUGAUUUUGUGAUUUGCUCAAACCCUGUAACCCUAAUAUAGCUGAGCAGUGUGGCAUAGUUAACAUUAUAAUCUUACAGUAAAAUUAUGGGUAUUAAGCUCAGAUGAUUUGGUAAUUCAGUUGAGCAAAAUUUGUGGGAAAAAAAUUUAAAUAUUGGAUUGUAGCCUUGAGUGUUAAUAUGUUUAGAUUAACAACUUUAUUCCAUAUUGUUCAACAGGAAACAAAGCUUAGCAGGAGAGGAGAGCCAGAGAAGUGACAGGGAAGCUACAGGUUACAACAGAUUUGUGAACUCAGCCAAGCACAGUGGUGGCAGGGCCUAGCUGCUACAAAGAAGACAUGUUUUAGACAAUACUCAUGUGUAUGGGCAAAAAAACUCGAGGACUGUAUUUGUGACUAAUUGUAUAACAGGUUAUUUUAGUUUCUGUUCUGUGGAAAGUGUAAAGCAUUCCAACAAAGGGUUUUAAAUGUAGUUUUUCUUUUCUUUUUUUGCACCCAUGCUGUUGAUUGCUAAAUGUAAUAGUCUGAUCAUGACGCUGAAUAAAUGUGUCUUUUUUUUAAAUGUGCUGUGUAAAGUUAGUCUACUCUGAAGCCAUCUUGGUAACUUUCCCCAAAAGUGUAAAGUCAGAAUUUAUCAGGGUGAUGCCAGGUUCCGAUUGGAACCUUUACACAUUGCUUGGGUGGAAAAGCCGUUGUCCUCAUCCUGAUAGUUUUCUGUUGUGACCUCCUGAAGCUAACCAUUAAGAGCCACCCAAGCAGAGUCUCGGGAUUAUUUGGUUAUAAAAGUGAUUGUUGGCACAUCCUUUGCAAUAUAUCUAAAUUGAAUAAUGGUACCAGAUAAAAGUACAGAUGGGAAUGAAGCUGUGUAUCAUCCAUUAUCAUGUGUAAUCAAUAAACGAUUUAACUCUUGA